CUGACAACCUUUCACUCCACAGGGCCCUCAUCAGGAUACACUGGAGUUUCUGAUGGCCAGUCGGGAUCAUUGUAAGAUCUUCUGGAAGAACUGCGUGGAGCAUCAUUCAUUUUUCCGUCUGUUAGAUCAGCCUCAGCCUAAAUCUAAAGCCAUUUUCUUCAACAGAGGGUCUUCGUUUAGAUACAGUGGGAGGACGCAAAAACAGCUCGUCGAGUAUGUGAGGGACAGUGGGCUGAAAAGAACUCCCUACCAGAGGAGGAACAGUAACAUUUGCAUGUCAGCUCAUUCUUUGGCUUCUGACGUGCUAAAACAGAAUCUGUCUUUCAAUGACAGUUUAAGGGCCCCUGUGUCCUCUGCCACCGCCUCCUUCCACUCCCAGCAUUCCCCCAGCUCACCCAUGCGAACGGAGACCCCAAACCAGCUCCAGCAUUUCCAGCAGACACCGCAGCCUGCCAGAGCACCCAGUCCCAUGAAGGACUCCAUCAAGACCAACUCUCAAUCCACCUACACCUUCCCAGAUUCUGCUAUUGAUAGCCCACAGCUGUCCCCCUUUAAUGCCAAGGGCCCGCUGUGCCUGUCGCCCUCCUUCCAGAUGUCCACCCUCAGUCUUCCCGGACAGGCACCCUCACCCCUGCAGAGCCCCAUCCUGAAUGAGGUGGCCACUGCCAGACUAGAGGAAGAGGGCAGGAGAAAGAGAUACCCUACAGAUAAACCUUACUUCAUAGCUAAAGAGAUUCUGACAACAGAGCGAACGUAUCUGAAGGAUCUGGAGGUCAUCACAGUGUGGUUCCGCAGUGCAGUGAUUAAAGAAAACGCAAUGCCUGAGGGUCUCAUGAACCUCCUGUUCUCCAACAUUGACCCCAUCUAUGAGUUCCAUAGAGGUUUCCUCAAAGACAUCGACCAAAGACUGGCUCUUUGGGAGGGACGAUGCAACGCUCAUGUAAAAGGAGAUUGCCAGCGAAUUGGAGACGUAAUGCUCUGUAACAUGUGUGCCCUGAAGGAGUUCACAGGCUAUCUGCAAAAGCAUGAUGAGGUGUUAACAGAGCUCGAGAAAGCUACAAAAUGUGUGAAGAAACUAGAGAUUGUGUAUAAAGAGUUUGAGCUGCAGAAGGUUUGCUACCUGCCUCUCAACACCUUCCUCCUGAAGCCUAUCCAGAGACUCAUGCACUACAAACUCAUACUGGAGCGACUGUGUAACUAUUACACUCCCCAGCACAGAGACUAUGAGGAUUGCAAAGAGGCUCUUAAGGAGGUGGCAGAGAUUGCAACUCAGCUGCAGAGCAGUCUGAUUCGACUGGAGAACUUCCAGAAGCUGACAGAACUUCAGAGGGAUCUGAUAGGCAUUGAGAACCUUACAGCUCCAGGAAGAGAAUUCAUCAGGGAAGGUUGUCUCCACAAGCUCACCAAGAAGGGUCUGCAGCAGAGGAUGUUUUUCCUCUUUUCAGACAUGCUGCUUUACACAAGCAAAGGGGUAACAGCAACCAAUCAGUUCAAAGUUCAUGGACAGCUUCCUCUGCAUGGCAUGAUUCUCAUUGUGCUGGAUGCUCCGGUGGAGGAAAGCGAGAAUGAGUGGUCUGUUCCUCAUUGCUUCACUAUAUAUUCUGCUCAGAGGACCAUUGUCGUGGCCGCCAGCUCCAAAGUAGAGAUGAACAAAUGGAUCGAAGAUCUAAACAAGGCAAUUGACAUGUCAAAGAAAAUUCAGGAGAAAUCAGAUAUUUUGUUGGAUCCAAGCCUGUGCGACCGCUGCAACAGGUCAUCGGAUGAGGUGUCUCUGGAACAGGAGUCAGAGGAUGACAUGAACUCUUCCCGUUGCUCUUUGGAUAAGCAGAGCCAUCACAGGGCCAACACCACCAUGCAUGUGUGCUGGCACCGCAACACCAGCAUCUCCAUGUAUGACCACAGCCUAGCCGUGGAGGUAGAAAAACACACACAAGUUUCUUCAUGCAACUUAAUUGUGAGGGUCUGCAACUUAAUUGUGAGUGUCUUGACUAACUGCGAUAUACAUUUUAAUUAUGGCUGUCAGCGUUAACGCGUUAACGCAUGCGAUUAAUUUUUUCAAAUUAACACGUGAAAAAUAUUUAACGUAAUUAACGCAGCAUCCGUUUGUUUUGACAUUCUUUGUCUAGCGUUACAUUAUGUAAUCACGCUCUUAUUCGUGUACAGCAGGGCUAGUCACCUGGCGGCCCGCGGGCCAAAUGCGGCCCAUCAAUCAUUUUACCUGGCCCGCCUUAACAUUUCAAAUAAGUGGAGAGACUUUAAGAACGGUGUGCUCCUGAGACGCCACAUCUUCAAAAGCCCAAAACGCUGCUACAUAAUUCCCGCGGCUCAUAAUGAUUUACGUCUUAUAAAGCGAUUUGAUCGGUCAGUCCAAGAAACGUCUUGGUUACGGA